AUGGACACGUUUGCAGGUGAGAAACCUGGAUCUGAACCUGAAGAAGCAAAAUUACAGAAUGCCAGCAAGCAGAUUGUCCAAAAUGCCAUCCUUCGAGCUGUACAACAAGUCUCCCGGGAGAGCCAACAAAAGGAAGAAUGUACCACAACCAGCAGGAACAGGCUGCAGCUAGGGGUGGGGAAGCUCACCAAGAAGUAUGAAAAGAAAUAG